AUUGUCACAGAGAUAGUGACAGAGACAGAGAGGACAUGAGCACAACGUUUCUUGGUUUUCACUGAGUCUGAAAAUAAUGUGGAAUCUUGGAUCAGAUACCAGAAUCUCAGAGGAGGAGGAGGAGGAGGAGAACACCUUAUCCUCAGAAGAUGAAAGAGACUUUCAGUGUGAGAUACUGGAGAAAGAGAGAGAUGAUGCAAAUGAAAAGCUAUCGAGGAUGGAGAAGGCCUCUUCUCAACUGCUCAAGGAACUGGAUGUGUUGGAGAUGCAGUUUCAGAUCGAACGUUCCUGCAGGGAGACCGCAGAGGCCUUUGCAUUGAAAGUAACAAAAGAUUUCAAGGCAUUAAAGAGGAAAAGCCAAGCCAUAUUUCCUCUGAUUCCUGACAUUCCGGAAAACCUCUCUGUCCUGAACCUGGAUCCUGAAGCUCAUGAUGGAUAUGAGUCGAGCCCUAAGGAAGAUAGCAGUGAAGAUCUGCUUCUGAUGAGUCAAAAUCAAAUUAGAGAGCUACAGUCAUCUGUUGACCGAUUACUUGGGGAGAAAAUUCAACUCUGUGAACAGGUCGAUCUCCUUAAGAAAGAGAAAGAAGAUCUGAAGGAAAAGCUGAUGCUGGAGGUUGGGGAGAAGGAGGACCUCCUUAUGAAGCUCAGUAAGCAGAGCAGAACUGUGAAUAAAAUGAAGAGAGUGUCCCAACUUGUUACAGAGGAGUUUGUAGAGAUGUCUCAAAAGCUUGAAAUGGAGCAAGGACUCAGAGAACACGCUGAAGUGUUUGCACACCAGAUACUAGUGAAACAGAGGGAAACCCAGAGACAGAGUAUGGCCAUUAUACAGAGUGCAGAGACUGAGAAACAACUACAACAAGCUCUGAAUCAGGUGGCGGACAUCAGCAGAUCUCUGGAAGAGAUAAGACUCUGUUACCAAAACCAGAUGAAGCAGUCACAGACAGUGACUGAGGAGCUUAACGCUUUGUCAGAUCUGGAGUCAGUAAGAACAAAACUGGAGAUCAGUGAGAAAGAGAAGAGCAACAUAGAGACUCAGCUGAGAGACUCGCAACAAUCUGUUACUGCACUUCAGGAGGAAAUCAAGCAGUUUCAGGACAGAUUGAGAGAGAUGGAGGAAUGUCCUUCUCUCAAAUCUGACCAACCAAAAGAUGAGAGUGAAAAUUCAGCUGCUGCACCGUCACCGCCACCACCACCUCCUCCUCCUCCUCCGCCUCCUCCUCCUCUUCCACCAUCAACUGACACUGACCCAUUGAAGGCCUUGAGGACCAGAAAGAAAGGUGCCGACAACUCCACUGAAACUGCGGAACCCAAAAUUUCACAACAUAUGAAAGCCAGAGCUGUGGAUGAAAUGAUGGAGAGAAUCAAGAAAGGCAUUAUUCUUAAACCUAUUCUCAAACCACAACAGGCUGGAUCAGAUGAUGAAAAUGCAUGGAAGGAGAAGAGAUCUGAGAACAGGAAAUCAGCUGUGUUGGAAUUGCAGGGGAUGCUGGAGUCCGUUAGGAGGCCUGGCCCUCGGAGGGUGGAAUCAAAAAAACGGUUCAGCCGUAAUGUUGGAGAGGCGGAGCUUCAGAUGGUGCUCCAGAGAAGGAGGCGAGCCAUGGGCGAUGAAAAUGGGAUGCCACCUGCUCCAUCAAAUCCCAAAGAUUCACCUGUAGCAGUGUCAGCCACAAGUUCUUCGCCCUGGGUGGGGGAGAGUGGAAGCGCCCCUGUCCUCCGGAGACUUCAGCAGAACCGUGAGAAGAGAAUCUCUCGCAUAAAGGCUUCCGAGUCCAUUAUAUGGGAAGACAAGUGAUGUUUCAGGGUUCUUUCAGUGUGACCUUUUGCGAUGUUGAACUACAUGUAAGUACGACUUAGAAACCAAUUUCGUUCUCCCCGAUGCCUCUUGGAAUCUGUUUAGAGUUAAAUGUCACAAGGCUAAAUAAAACUUUAACCCUGUUAACUUGUAGCUGUUCAAAACUGUGAUAAAAAACCAAGGACCCAAGCAUUCACAACUGCAUUAUGAAAGAAA